GUGGGGCUGGCGGGCGUGUGGUGUUGGGGAGUGGGGGGUUCAAGGGUGGUUCGGGACGGUUUGGGGGGUUUAAGGGUAGAGGUGGUGGUCAGAAUGGUCGUCGGGGUGGCCGCUUUCAGCGUGGUCGGGGGAGGGGAGGGGGGGACGGGAAGCCGCGUGAGGCGAGGGGGGGGAAGUUGGUUUGGGAGCCCGAGGAGCAGGCCGUGAUCGACCGGCUGGAGAAGGGCGAGGUGGUGCCGUUUGAUCCGAAGCUGACGAUGGACUCGCUGACCGGGUACGGCGCGGCGAUGGCGACGGACGCGUCCAUUGGUCAGGUCGAGACGGUGCUGCGGACGAUGCGGCUCAUGACGGGCGGCAUGGCGUUCAACUCGGACUCGGGCGUCACGGCUGAUGUUAAGCAAGUCAUGAAGCGGUACCGGGCCAAGAAGCCCAUCUUCGUGCACAGCAAGGAGGAGAAGGCGUGGAUCGAGAGCGCCCAGCCCCGUCUCAAGCUGGUCGGGCCCGACGCCGGCACCAAGAAGGCGAUUAUCGAGCCUGCGGUUCUGGGCAAGUACCAGUCGGCCGGCUUUGCCGAAACCAGCGACGUCGCGGGUACCAUGGCCAACUACCACUCGCGGACUUUCACCUACAUGGCGGCAGACUCGCAGAAGUUCAUGGACAAGGUUUUGUCGUUGCUGCCGGCGGAACGGGGUGGUAAGCCCGCCUCUCAGGCCAAGCCUUGACGGAGGAAAGGGGAAAGAAAAAAGGACUCAGCUCAUGGGCCAGGGCUCUUUGUCCCAAUAUGUAACAAUACCGUCUCGCCCCAUGUUUUGUUGGUCUAUUUGUACAGAGGUCUAUCCACGUAGCAUAGAAACACACAUGUU